AUGUGUCCCUACCCCGAUGCCCUGACUCGUGAAGACAUUGCCAGUCGUCUUCAACUCUCUGAGUCACGAGUUCAAGUGUGGUUCCAAAACCGUCGAGCCAAGUGGCGGAAACAGGAGGCAGACGGAGGUGGUGGCAGUAGUGGUGGAGGUGGUGGUGGCCUUCACAGCAUAAGCCCAAGUUGCAGUGGCGGUGGUGGUGGAGAUGCACUCGAUUACACCGCUGUUGCACCGUUGGUCAGACGCAAGCGGACCGCAACGGGUGAGGAUGGGGUAGAGCAUAGUCAUCACUCUUCCUCUGGCGCGAAACGACUCUCCUUCUCAGUCAACAGUCUGACAGAGGGUGAGGAGGAUUUUGGCCAGCGUGGAGGUGACAAGGCGCUCACUAUCGCCCAGCAACAGAGUCAACUGAGUGAGUGA